CUUAGUGGACUACUAUUUUACGCUCCCUGAGACAUCUGGAUUUUUCAGAGUUGUGAGUGCAAGGUAAAACUUCUGGCUAAGAAAGAACUACAUUCUUCAGCACUCGGUGUUUGAAAAUAGGUCAAGCUAGAACCAAGAGAGAAAAAGGCUGGAAGCAGCAGGAGAACUAAGGGAGGUUGCUGAAAGGCACGACUACAUUUAUCCUCCACUUAGAAAAUUCAGGUCAUGACCAUCCUAGGUCCAUGGCUACUGAGAAUGAAACCCUUAACAUGACAUCAGGGCUGCAUUCACUGACAGACCAUCAUAACACUGGGAAUGCUUUUUUGAUCAUAACAUACACAAUAGUGUUCAUUGGAGGUGUGACUGGAGCCAUCACAAUGUCAUUUUUGCUACUGAAAAUGAAUACAUUAUCAGUGACCACAACAGCGAUCAUAAAUCUGGUAGUGAUCCACAGUCUCUUUCUUAUAACUGUGCCUUUUCGGCUAUAUUACUACAGCACAGACAAGUGGAUCUUUGGAUUUUUCUUUUGCAGAUUUGUAAGCAUAAUGGUCCAUUUGCACAUGUACCUCACCUUUCUAUUUUAUGUGAUUGUUUUGGUUAUCAGAGGCCUUAUUUUUUUCCAAUGGAAGGACAAGGUGGAGUUCUACAGAAAUUUGCAUGCUGUAGCUACUAGCACAGCUGUGUGGAUCCUGGCUUUGCUUACCAUAGUACCAGUAAUGUUGCUUUGGUAUGGACAAUCGGGGGAUUACCAUGACAGUAAAUGUUUUACAUUUCAGCAGGAGUUCAAGAUGGACUCAGUGAAAGCAGUGAACUACACUAUCAUUGCUGUAGUGCUUAUUAUAACUUUAAUCCUUUUGGGCUUGCAAACUUUCAUAGUCCUAAAGGUGGUGAGAAAGGUAUCGGGAUCUGUAUGGUCACAUCAAGAAUUUCGAGCACAGCUGAAAAGCAUGUGUUUUGUAUGUGUCAUCAUUUUUUGCUUCCUUCCUCAUCACAUUUUUCGGAUUUAUUACAUCCAGUAUGUGAAUAAUAAGCAGUAUUCUGAGUCUCAUAUAUACAAUGAAAUCUGUUUAAGCAUAACUUCCAUCAGCUGCCUUGAUUUGUUUUCAUUUGGGAUAUUUGGAAACAAACUCUUGAGGCAAAAAAUCUGUUCAUGUUCAUGUUGUUAAUGUUUUUUGUGUACUUUUGUAAGACAAUCUUCUACCUAGUAAUGAUGUCACCUAUACACCUUUAAACAUUUCAGAGUGAAAUGUAGAUGUUAUAAAUUCUAUGUAUACUAUUUUUUAACAUUCUGAGGAAAAAGAUGGAGAACUCCCAAAAGAUACCCAGCAACCAUUUUAGCAACUGCUGGAGGAGAUUAGAUUGAGAUGUCACCAGUAUGUGGAUGAUACUCAACUUAUCAUCCCCAUUCCCCCAAAUCCAGUGAGCUGUUGGGUGUUCUGAAUCUGGCCCUGGGUGUGGAAUGGACUGGAAGAGAGUCAAUAUACUCAGUCCAAAUAAGACAAAUGUACUGUUAGUGGGUGGUUUGUCUGCUGAAUUAUGUUGAAACUAUUCUGAAGUAGGGUGCACACUCCCUAAAGCAGAGGUGAGCAAUUUUGAGAGGCUGGGGAACACAUUGUUCCAUCUUAGACCACAACAGAAACCGCUGCACCGGCAAUUUUGGAUGGUACAAUACCAAGGGGAAAAAAGCUUCCUCUUGACAGCCAAUUUUGGCAGUCUAACCACAACAACAAGCAGCAUGACAUUUAUAGGCUAUUAGCUUUGAAAUAACCCCCCCCCUUUUUUUUUGGCUGCUGCACCACCAAAGUUUGGGGACAUGCCAUUGAAAUUGAUGCCACUGUACUACCAAAUCUAGGGGCAAAUUCAGCAGCACAGAAGCAAGGAUUGCAUGCAAAAAAGGAUAAGGGAGGCUUUAUGUGGCCUGCGGGCUUCAUAUUACCCACUUCUGCCCUAAUGGAUUGGGUUUGUAGUUUGGUGGGGCUCUUGGGUCCAGCAUUGUCACUGGUGGCCUCUGUUUUAUGUUUCUGUAGCACAGAGCACCUUUUAUCAGCUUGAACAAAUAUACCAUCUAAAACCCUAUCUGAAUGGAGUGAGACUAGCUUCAGUUAUCCAUGGUUUGGUAUUCUCUUAUUUAGAUCACUAAUGCGUUAUAUGUAGGGCUACCUUUGAAAAUGGUCUGCAAACCAUCCAAAAUAGCGCAGUGAGAUUGUUAAGAGGGGAAUAGCGGAUAUGACUAUAUUACCUCUGUGCUCUGUGAUAUGCACUGACUUCUGGUCUGUCAUCAGGCACAAUCAAAGUGCUGGUGUUAACUUUCAGAGCCCUAAAUGGCUUGGAGCCAGGUCACCUGAAGGAUUGUUUCCUUCUAUCUAUAUCUACCUGGAUUCUAAGAUCAUCCUCAAAGAUCAUGCUCCAGGUGUCCCCAACAAAGGAGGUGAAGUGGAUGGUGACUAAGUUGAAGGCCUUUCCAGAGAGGUCUCCUAUAUUGUGGGCUUUUCAACAUCAUGCUUUUUCCUGGCAGAUCCUUUUUAGUUCUUCAGUUUAAAAAAAUGGCAAUGUAUUCGUUGAUCUUUUACUAUUGCCAGUUUUUACUUUUAGUUGUGUUAUGAUAUAUUUUAUAAUGUUUUUGGAUGUUAUGGCUUUAAGAUUUGUUUUGCAGACCACUCUAAAAGCUUCUGCUGGUGAGCAGUUUAGAGAUGUAAGAAAUAAAUGAACUUCAUCACAGCUAAAGAGCUAUAUAUUGCUCCUGUUUCGAAGCAUAAUGUGAAGCACAAAUUUUAGUUUGUAUAGGAAUGUAUAAGUAAAAUCAUCAUCAUCAUCAUCCUAUGAAAUCAUUAAAAGUUUGACAGUGAAUCUAA